AUGUCGGCCGGGGGAGAACACCUCAAGGAUGAGGGCACUCGACGACAGGUUGUCCUCGCCGGUGGGAUAGCCGGUUUGGUUUCCCGAUUCUGCAUCGCCCCUCUCGAUGUCGUCAAGAUUCGUCUUCAACUCCAAAUCCAUUCCCUCUCCGACCCUGCCUCCCAUAAAGAUGUAAAAGGCCCAGUGUAUAAGGGGACUCUCUCCACGAUGCGAGCAAUCAUCCGACAAGAGGGUAUAACUGGUCUUUGGAAAGGAAACGUACCUGCAGAAUUAAUGUAUGUCUGCUACGGCGCGGUUCAAUUCACCACAUACCGUACUGUGAACCAACUUCUCACCCAAUUGGACCCUUAUCGGCUUCCUGCGACCGCCGAGUCCUUCGUUUCUGGCGCCUUCGCGGGAGGGUUGGCCACGGCCACGACAUACCCGUUGGAUCUUCUGCGAACGCGUUUCGCCGCCCAAGGGACGGAGCGAGUGUAUAAGUCUCUUUUGGACUCCGUGCGGGAGAUAUCGAGGCGGGAAGGGCGCAUGGGAUUUUUCCGGGGUUGUAGUGCGGCCGUCGGCCAGAUCGUCCCGUACAUGGGAUUAUUUUUUGCGACGUACGAGUCGCUCCGGCCUUCUCUAUCAGGCCAUUAUGAUCUGCCUUUUGGGUCUGGAGAUGCCGCUGCCGGCAUCAUUGCCAGUGUGCUGGCCAAAACCGGGGUAUUUCCAUUAGAUCUGGUACGAAAGCGCCUGCAGGUGCAAGGGCCGACGCGCUCGUUGUAUGUCCAUCGUAACAUCCCUGAGUAUCGCGGGGUGUUCGCCACGAUCGCGCUAAUCCUCCGAACCCAGGGCAUCCGCGGCCUAUACCGAGGCUUGACGGUGAGCCUGUUGAAAGCCGCCCCAGCUAGCGCGGUGACGAUGUGGACAUACGAGGAGUCGCUGAAGCUACUGCGGAAAUGGGACGUGGCUGCGGAGAAGGAUUAG